AUGAGGUCCCUCAUCCCUCUAAGCCUGCUCGUGCCUGCAGCGACAGCCCUCUCGUUGAAGGUCAACACGACGAUCGGCCAGGUAUAUGGCAUGAUCAACGGCUCAACACCGGGGGUGGCUCAGUUCCUGGGCGUGCCCUUUGCCGAACCGCCGCUCGGCGAUCUCCGAUUUGCACCACCGCAACCCAAAGCCCACGCCAACAGCACCAUCGACGCCACCAAAAUCUCCCCCAACUGCCCCCAGUACCCUCUCACCACCGUCACCGACCCGUCAGUCUACACCAUCGACUCCCCGUGGCUGCAGCCCUACGGACCCUGGUCGGAAGACUGUCUCACCCUGAACAUCUGGGCGCCGCUCCACCCACGCACCUCAGGCCCCCUGCCGGUCCUCAUCUGGCUUUUCGGUGGCGGUUUCUACGAGGGAGGCCUGCUGACGAACGGAUUCAACCCGAGUCCCUGGAUCCAACGGACGCAAGAACACAUCGUCGUUGCGGUCAACUACCGCAACAACAUCUUCGGCUUCCCCAACGCGGCCGGCCUGGCCGCCACAAACCAAAACACCAACCAAGGCCUGCUGGACCAACGCUUCGCCGUGGAAUGGGUGCGCGACAACAUCGCCUCCUUCGGCGGCGAUAGCUCGCGCAUGGUGCUGUGGGGUCAGAGCUCCGGCGCCGCUAGCGUGGACUACUUCAACUUCGCGUGGCCGGAGGAUCCCAUCGUGCACGGGCUGAUCAUGCACUCCGGGAGCGUGUUCGCGACGGGCGCCAGCAAGGACGUCACGCACAGCAACUUUACCUUCGUGGCGGAGCGGCUGGGCUGCGGGGGUGGGUUGGCCGCGAGCGAGGAGCUGGCGUGCAUGCGGCACAAUGUCAGUGCGGAGGCGCUGGUGGCCUUCUACGAGAACUACACCCUCGGGGCGGACACGCCGGCGCUCAAGUUUUCGACGAUCGUGGAUGGGGUGACCAAGUUUGGGAACUUUACUGAGCGCGCACUGGAGGGGAAUUAUUCCGGAUUGCCCGCGAUCCUCGGCACAAACGCCAACGAAGAAGCCUCGCUGGUCGCGUGGGUGGGUCCGCAGGGGCCGAACCAGACGUAUAUCCAUCAUCAGACGCUGGAGACGGAUCAGUGUCCGGCGAAUUACUAUAAUGAACUACGCUACAACACCUCCUCGCUCACCUUCCGCUGGUACAAUCUGGCGCACUUCCCGAACACCUCGCCUCGGCCGUGGGAGAAGGCGUACCACGCCUCCGAGCUGCCGCUGCUGUUCGGCACCUACCAGUGGUACGGGGGUGCGCCGACGGCGCUGCAGCGGGCGGUGUCGACGCGCUGGCAGGAUCUGUACCUGGCGUUUAUAAAGGACCCGGUCCACGCCCUCCCGAGCAUGGGCUGGCCCGCGUAUACCCCUGACGGGCAGGCGAUGACCUUUGGCGCGAACGGGACGGUGUCGAGUCUGAUGCCGGUGAGUGCGUUGGCGGUGGGAUGUGCCGAGUUUCCGUUGCCGACGCAGUGA